CAUAAAUACGUCUACUAAAUUUUAUUCUUUUCUUUUUGUUUUAGCUUUGUGCUCACUGUUGAACGUAAUUUCCCUCUCCCUCUCUCGCUCUCGCUCUCUCUCUCUCUCUCUCUCUCUCUCUCUUUCUUUAUUUUCUAUUUUUUUUCUCUUAAUAUGUCUUCCCUUUCUUCUUCCCCCGAGGUAAAGCGACUCCGUCUUAAUGAAGCUGGGCCUUCUAUCCCUGACUCUCGCGAUGGUGGGCGGGGGUCAGAGGUGGAGUUGGCGCAGGGGCCCGACGUCUUGCCUCGCCUGGAGGGUGUUACCUUGAACACUGCAUUUGCUAACAAGAUAGUGGACUUUCGAAUUGGAAAUGAUAUUGAAAAUGUCGAUCCGGACUUGGACCGGUUUCUACAGAGAUGUAGGGUUCCCUUUCUGGACUUAACUAACGAAUUAAUUCGCCCCUUUAAAGUUUACGUUUCACUCUCGGCUUCAUUUGUUAAGGAAUCUGCGGAGGGAAACGAGAGUGAAACUUUUCAUUUCACAACUCACUCAACCGCGAUACUGCAGUCUGAUGAGGUAGGGGAAAUCUACGAUUCAACAUUCAUUCCGGAAAUCAAUAAACACGUUAGUUAUUUCGGUGCGCGUGGCAGUGGCUGGGCUCUAAAAAGAUUGAUUAACAUGGAUGUACAUGUUUCAAGCUAUAGAGUUUUCACGGUUGGCGCAGCGCACACGAAAUUGCCGGCGUUUUUGUUCAAUAGGAAAGCUUGUGUUAACAUUGAGUGUCCCGAGCAGCACUGUUUCCUGUAUGCCGUCAUGGCAGGUGUGUCGACGGUGGAAGGCAAUGUUUCUCGAGCCACUUCGUAUCCAAAUCCACUCGUGUAUUUUAAUACGAAUGGCUUGACGUUUCCCUCCACUCUGCAUCAGAUUAAAACAUUUGAGAGGAACAAUGAUAUUUCCAUUAAUGUUUACGCUUGCGUAGAUUCUAAGGGGAAUAUCGUUGACGAAUGUUUUAGUGGCAAAUCUGAAUCCUCGAUCCAGCCUCUUCGCGUAUCCUCUGAGCGAAGAGAGAGACAUGUAAAUAUAUUGGCGAUUCGUUCGAGUGGCGCGACAGAGCACCUACAUUUUGUUUACAUAAAAUCAAUGUCCAGAUUAUUGCAUUCACAAUUGUCCAAGACGCAACAUGAGAAAUGGAUUUGCGAGCGCUGUCUUCAGUAUUUAACAAGCGAAGACAGAUUAAAUUCACACAAUGUUCUCUGCAGCCAGCAUCAAGCAGUGCGGACCUGUUUCCCUACAGAAGAGAACAAGUAUUUGCAAUUUACAAACUUUGCAAAACAGGACCGCCUAGGCUUUAUUGCGUACUGUGACACCGAGUGUUACCUGAAGCCUUUCUCCACCUGUUUGCCCGGUGACGAGUCUUCUAGCACUACGCGGGUAAACGAACACGUGCCUUAUGCAUGUAGCAUUUUGUUAGUAUGUGGGUACGAUAGCUCUUUGACCAAGUAUGUGCAAUUCGAGGGUGAUAAUUGUAUUGCUGAAAUGAUCGCAGAAUUAGUUUCAAUGACACAGUGGGUUUGCGAUAUUUAUUCAAAGACCAUUACUAUUAAUACACCGACCCCGGCCGUCUCUGCAAGGCUUGCGAGUCAAACACAUUGCCAUAUCUGUCAGAAGGUAUUGGCUGGGCAGACGGUGCUCGAUCACUGCCAUUUUACUGGUGAAAUACGUGGUUAUGCCCAUUCUAAAUGCAACCUGGCUUUCAGGAUGCAAAAGAAUCAACUCGUCGCGGUUUAUCAUAAUUUGCAAAAUUACGAUGCCCACUUUUUAAUGCAACAUUUAGUUUCGCGGCGGAUUGCACAGCCGGACGGUUCCUUCGUUGUGGAGAACCCCGGCAGUGUCAAAGUCCUUGGAGUUACAAUGGAGAGCUACAAGUGCAUUACAAAAUACAUACCCAUUUCAGAUAAUGCGCAAGGAGGCAUGUGCACUGUGUGUCUUAGAUUUAUAGAUUCACUUAACUUUUUAAAUUCAUCUCUGGAAACUCUCGCUGGCAAUCUCACGCCAGAUAAAUUGAAAGUCACCCGUUUAAUGUUUCCAGAUGACGCACAGUUUCAGUUAGCUACUCGUAAAGGUGUGUUUCCCUAUGAUUUUGUUAAAUCUAGUGAACAAUUGCAGACUGCCUCGCUACCCCCUAAGGAAGCGUUCCAUAACGUAAUGAGUGGCACGGACAUGAGUGAUCUGGACUAUACUCACGCUCAAAAGGCUUGGGACGUCUUCCAUUGUGCCACAUUGAAAGAGUACGCACUUAGUUAUCUUAAGGUGGAUACUUGUUUGCUGGCCGACAUAUUCGAGUCGUUUCGUUUCGUUUGCUUACAAUAUUAUUCAUUAGAUCCUGCCCAUUACAUUACCGCUCCCUCGCUCGCAUGGGAUGCACUUUUAUUUAAAACCGGUGCGCGUCUUGAGCUGAUAACCGACCCGGAUAUAUACCUCUUCCUAGAGUCAGCCGUUCGUGGAGGUAUAACAAACGUUAGUCGACGUCACGCAAAAGCCAAUAAUGUUCACAUGUCCACUCACGACCCGUGCCUUCCGUCUUCGUACAUCUGCUAUUUCGAUGUAAACGCUUUGUAUGCUCACACAAUGUUAGAUAAACUUCCCGUGGGCAAAUUUGAGUGGGUUCCCAGGGAUGAGUAUGCGAGUUGGGAUUUCAACGCCAUUGACAUAGAUGGCGAUACGUCAUAUUUCGCGGAAGUGGAUUUGACCUUUCCCGAUGAUUGUCACGACCGCCUAUCAGAUCUGCCUCUGGCCCCUGUGAAUGGCGUACCGCCAAACGGGCGAAUGAGUAAAUUAUUGUUAACUCUCGUGCCGCGUAAUAAUUAUGUUGUCCAUGCUAAAACACUGCGGCACUACGUUCGGUAUGGGGCGGUCAUCGGCCAGGUUCACCGCGUGCUGCGGUUUGAACAGGCGGCCUGGAUGAAAGAUUACAUAACCUUUAAUGCUGAGCGUCGUGCCCAGGCUGCAAAUCCCUUCGAAAAAUCGUUUUUUAAGUUACUAUCGAAUGCUGUGUACGGUAAAAGUUUAGAAGAUUCUAGAAAACACAGAGACAUUCGCAUCGCUUCGUGUUACGAAAGUAUUUAUGGGGUAGCCGAGCUGAUUGGUCGUCCGACAUUCAAGGCUCGGCAAAUCGUCGAUGAAAAUCUAGUUCUCAUAUAGUUGCAGAAAGGUUCGAUAACCUUCGAUAAACCUUUGUACACGGGUGUCGCCAUUUUAGAUUUGUCAAAAUUGAUUUUAUACGACUUUCAUUAUAACUACAUGCAAAAAAAAUUCCCUCCACAGUCUCUGCAUCUCUUGUACUCGGACACUGAUUCGUUAAUUUACCACGUUCAGUGUGAUAACGUUUACGAUUCCAUUCGACCCGACUUAGCUUCACGUUUCGACACGUCAAAUUAUGCGCCAGGUAAUGAUCAACGCUUCCCCUUAGUCAACAAGGGUGUAACAGGAGUGAUGAAAGAUGAAGCCGCUGGCAUGAUCAUUACGGAAUACGUGGGUCUUCGCCCGAAACUCUACGCAUACAAGAUGGAGAAUGGUUCUUGUAUGCGUAAAGCGAAAGGAGUUAAGGCCAACGUAAUCCGAUCACUUCUGUUCCCUCAUUACCUGGAUUGCUUGCUUAAAAAUUCCCGGAUUCUAGGCAGUCAAUACCAUUUCCGUUCGCGAGGCCACGCCGUGUUUACGGAGCGAGUGAACAAGGUAGCACUGUCUUCAGGAGACGAUAAGCGUUGGCUUUCUGAAGACGGUGUCAGCACAUUACCUUGGGGGCAUAAAGAUCUGUGUCCUUUUAAAACUCGUGCCUCGCCCGAUCCCUCCUAAUAAUUGUACAUAUUUCCAUUUUUUUUUUCCUCUGAUUACGUUCACCAGUGAGACGAACACUGCUGACGUAACCUCCGAGCAGUGGUUGCAGGAACACAACAGCACUCACCACUCCUCCCCUGCUCGGAGGGGCUUCAAGUGUGUGUAUAUAUGUGUGUGUGUGGGGGUUGAAGGCAAACAACAGCGCUUCUUCCGCCUCCCCCCACGCACAAAAGAAAAAAACUUAUCCCGAGAGGGGUGUGUUCACCUCCCCCCACCGCGCCGCGCCAUGAUCCUUUCCAUUAUGCAUGUGGAGAGAAAAACCGUCGAUCUCCCCAACCCCAGACAAAUGGAACGGAUACCAUCAGCGUUGGCGGCCUCUAUCUUCGAGGAAGAGGUGGAGGAGGGGGGGACCAGUAUACCAGCCGACAUUGCGGCGGCCUUCUUCGCAGAAGACCUGCUGGAAGGGUCGUCGUCUCCCCCUCCUCCUCCUCCUCCAACACCGCCGGCCAAGACUUCGCCGCUGCUGUUGGUGGCAGGCCC